GCGCCUGUCCCGUUUGGAAAAAGUUGGCAGUGCAAUGGUUACGCUGCGUGCGUCUCAAGGGCAAAAAGGAAAUGAGGAAACCGAUCACAACAACAAAUGAAGACUCCUACCUUUCCAGACCUCUCUGUGUGUCUGAGCGCGGACUGCUGCCGCUGCACCUCCAUGUCAGCGUUACAGGACGUUAUUCUAGGUUUAUUUGUAAGGGGAUAAUAAAGGAAAUAAAUAAAUAAGACCGAGGAGAUGCGCCUGGAGGGGUAACGUCACAUUUUCAGAGAGAGAGCGGCUGAGUGGAGACACAGUGACCGAGCCGAGGGAGAGGAAUAUGCGGCACUGGUCCCUCUGCACGUCGCACCACAAGCCUUGGAUCUUUACCGGAUAGACGUCCUAUAGCUGGGAAGGCGUGAUUCAUUUUUCAUUUUAUUUUUAAAUCUCCAUCCGCACGGAGGAUUUAAUGAUCGAACCACGUUUCAGCGUUUGAUCCCCUCUAGUCACGCCACCCAGGACCCCACGGAGACCGGUUUCACGGGAUCAGGACCCACAGACUGACGGUACCCAAAAUAAAUACAAGGAGCCAUCACUUUAAAGUUAAGACAAGUUUCAGGAUAAAGGCCGGGAUUUAUCCAGACUGCGGUUUUACAGUCAAUAAUAUAGCCUAAGAUUUCUUUUAACGCAUAUAUGGUAAAGUAGGGAGGCUUAUUUUAAACAUACCACUUAUUAAUCAGCGAAUAAAUCUUUCGGAGUUCAUGGUUUAUGUUGGGAUCUGAUUUUUUUUAUUGAUCAAAUGCGACCCAAUAAAGUUGCAGCAAUGAGGAUGCCAGCCUGGGGGUCCUUUCAAGGAAGGGAGACUGGAGAAUGAAAGCGGGAUAUCUGCGUCUCUAAUCGGACACAGAGGCGAAGGAAGGAGGACAAGUCCCCUCCUUUUGCUUUUGCUUUUUUGGAUUGGUCCAAAAAUAUUUUUUGCGUUCCCCUUGGACUCCUACACACAAUGGGGAUUAUGCUUCAAGUUAUUCUAGGAAUGUUUCAAUUCCUGCUGCUCACCAGAAUACCGACGUCCCAUGCCAAGCUUGCUCACUGGCGACCAUCAGACUCCCCCAAAUCCAGGGAAGGCAGAGAAGUGCGUCGGUGGUUGGAGGUUUAUUCUCGGAGCGGCUGCGAGCCUCGGGACACUCUGUUGGAGGUGUGGAGGGAACUGCCGGGGGAGACGCACAGUCUCUUCGUCCCGUCCUGCGUGUCGGUGAGGCGAUGCGGCGGCUGCUGUGCCGACGAGGCCUUGGAGUGUGUGCCCACGCUCACACAUACACUCACCAUGGAGCUGAUGAGAACGUCCUUCAUGAAGCAUGAGCUCAUCGAGCUGCCCUUCGUCGAGCACAGCCAGUGUGAGUGCAGAUUUAAAGAGCAGUUCCAGCCAACGCCUACUUCGAGGCCCUAUCUGAAGCCAGCGAAAAAAAUCAAGAAAAAGGAGAGGGGGAAGUCCAGACUGAAGACAACUGGAGACGCCAGAGCCGUAACCCUGGCUCCCCCAGCUAUUCCUGCCACGUCCUCUCCUCCUCCUCCUCCUCCAUCACCUCCUCCCAACAGCCUCUUUCCCUCGCCCUCGCCCUCUCCCUCUCCCUGGCCCUCUCCCUCUCCCUCUCCCUCUCCCUCACCCUCUCCGACACCUCGUUGCCGCCCCUGCAGAGGGAGGAAGUGGACUCUGGAUGCGACGUCAUGUCAGUGCCACUGCAGCAUCAGGGCUGAGAGCUGCAGCCAGAAGGGCCGGAGACUCAACCCUCGUCGCUGCAAGUGUGAGGCAAUGAGAACUUGACAUGUCUGCCCACCUUCUUCUCGCCUCCUUCUCACCACCAAAUUCCUGCCGAUUCAUCGCCCACUCUCAGUAUCAGUGCCAUGGACCAUACAGACGCUUGGACAUCUAGUUUUCUCAAACUGAAGGAAAAUAUCAGUGGAAGCACACACAAGACCCUGCAGCAGCAAAACAACAAGUGCAUCAUUACAGCCUAAAUAUACUAUAGAUACUAUACGUGGGUUCAAACAUGCGUCUGCCUUCCUGCUUCAUGCACAUGCGUGCAGAGACACGUAGCGUCGCGGAAACACAUCCGAUGGGUGGAGGAUGGGAGUGGCGUAAAAAAUAAAAUGGCAACUUUGAGCGACAUGGGAAUGAACAGAUAAAAUGUUUCGCGGUGGUCAUGAGCCAGCAGGUGGACAGAGGUUUCUGACUGCAAAGAAGAUCCCUUCACCUGUUAUCAUAAUGAACAAUGAAGAGGACCAAUCACAGGUCCCGUCCUGUCGGACGCGUCGGUGGAAGUUGAGAUCAUUUGCUCAAAAGGAAACUGCACACGGAGACAGAUUCCAGGAUUAAGUUGAGACCAAUCUUUGUGCAGAAGAUUUGAGAAACAUCAGAUUAUUGUGGCAUGCUGAGACAUACCAGGAGGACAUAGGACAUGCACAUGAACUGGCACCCCAGUGUGUUGAGCUGAAUGCUGGGAUGCAGUGUAUCUGUGUGGUCUCCGCACUGAAAGACCCAGAUGGGUUAUCCCUGCAGCCGUUCUCUCUCAUUCAAAGCGUAUGACCACGGGCUGGCUCUCCAAGCCGCUUUCCAGCAUUAGUUUAAUUUGGGCCUUUUGUCUCCAUCUUUUCUCGGCUCCUCGAUUGAAUGGAGCCGCUUUGCCUCUCUUUGCCUCUCUUUCAGGCAGUGAGGAGAAUGACAAUAAUGAGGCCUGGCGGCUGUCCACUGCUUCACACACAAACAUUCACACUUCACAUAAUACCAGGAACACAGACGACACCACGAAUGCAGCCAGACACACUCGGCCACACAAACAUCCAUAUUUACACACACACACACACAAUGUGAAACGAAUGCAGGUAGCCAUAAGCUUUUGUUUGUGCCGCACAAACGAGCGUGCAAAUAUAUGUCAGUUGUUGUUUAUUUGCAAUUUACUGCAAAGUCUUAAUUAAGUAUUGUAUAACACGCCUCUGUUUUAUAUUUUAUUAUAAUUCUGUCGAGAUGAUUGGAAAGAUAUUCUAUAUUGUGUCUUUGUUUUUUGGUUUUUUUUUGUUCAUCUGUAAUCCGUCUGCAUAAAGAGUCACGCUGGGUGGCCGGCUAAACCGAUACCCUAAUGUAUUGAAUUUAAACAGAGACGGCUCACAUGGGCCACAAACGGGAGACCUUAUACAUCAUAAUGUGUAAUUCAAACAAUCAGUGGGGCAGCGUUGUCAGCAGCACACAGAGACCAAGCAAACAGCCGUCCCCAGCGCAGUGAAAGGAAAACACGGCGGCUGUUGUUGCACGCUGGACCCAGGACGGAAAGAGUUUUAUUCACUCGGAACAUAACUUGUUUAUAUUCUGACUGAAUCUCACGGUUUAACUCCAUGUUGGUUCAUGACUGCUUGGCUGCUGGGUGGCAACGGGGAUUUUCAGAAAGGAUGAGGUCUUGAACGGAGUGUCAGUCAGUGUGACGAGCUAAAGCCGGAGCUCGAAGGACCCAAAGCGGCAGGUUGCGGAGUUUAAAACCUUUUCUGACGCUCUGAGCUGAGCCAGCGCUAAAUGUCACUGAGAACAUUUCAACGGUGAUGCCUUAGCUCCAAGGGAAACGGUAGCUUUGAAACUCCAUGGUUGGCGUCCGCACUCUUCCCCCCUGAAUUCAUAUGAACCUGCUGAUUGAAGAAAAGUCUCCCAGAAACAGCGUGUGGUCCAGAGUCUGAAUUAUUUAUGUGCCAGCCUUUGCAGCAACAGAACUUUGUUUCGGUGGCUGCUGUGAUAAGCUCUGUAUUUAUACUCUCCUGAGAUGAGAUUAAGUUUUUCAUGCUCGUCAUUCAGUGUUUAUUACUGUCAAUCAAUGCUUCAAUCACUACCUCUAUAUCAUAACAUAUUAAUGACCAAGUAUUAGAGCAUAUUUGUUACUUUCUCUGUGUUAUUUCGGACCUCUCUUUUUAGAUAAUGAUACGUUUAGCAAUAAGCACAGUCUCAUCUGUAGUGAUCAUCACUGGCUUAGAGGAACCUAUAGGACGUUUGUGAAGGGAAGAGCUUUUAACGAGAGGAGAGCUGAGCUGGUCCUCUGAGUACUGACCAGUCACUGUGUGAUAACUUGGAACAGGAGAUGGUUUCCCAAAGAGUUCGUAGCUUCAGACUUUUGAUGUACAUUCGUAGCAUUAUAGGUGUAAUUUUACAAUUUGGGAAGUGCAUUUAGAUUAGAAGAAAGAUGCCACUCUGACAUCUGUGUGGUAAAUAUGAUCCCAUUAGUUAGCUUAACUUAGCGCUAAGACUGGAAAUAAAGCGCAGCCUCUAAUUUAGUUCUGUCAGUGGGUGAAAAAAUACAUGCAGAAACAGCAAACUCUCUGGUAUUUAAACAUAGUUGCCAGCUCCAAAUGAGUCUGUAGUCAGAGUUUGUUGCUUCUGGACAGAGUUAUGCCAGAAGUUUAGUCUUAUUUUUAGUUUUUACGCUAAGCUAAUCCACCGGUCUAACUUCAUAUAUACUCUACAGACGUGGCUGUGGUAUCGAUUGUCUCUUGCCCAUUUCUUAAACCAUUCCUACAAGUGUUUUACUCACACGCAGCUAUUUCUGUUCAUGUGUUUAUUCUUUGCAUGAACUCACCCAAUCAUUUAUUAAUAAUAGGAAACAAAUACAUUUUUUGAACAAACAAGCAAAUGUCUUGGGAAACCAACAAGUCCCUGAACCUAAAUACAGAUUACACUUGUGUUUGAGAUUGCAAAGCACGUACUGUAGAUCAGUCCUCUGGGGGAAAACAAAAUAGAAAGCGAGCUGAAGGAGCAGGAGGACUCCACUCAUACAGAUGUGUAUCAGUGACAUUCCACCUAAAAGGACUGAGGUGCUGCGAUAAGUUUUUGGCUGCCUCAUGGUUACUUAAUGUGACUGAAUUAUUUCAACGCACCAAUUGUGAUCGAUAAAAAACAUUCCAACAUCACAGCUCUUAACGAUAUACUGAUAGUCUGUUUAAAUAGCCGAUCCUGUGUGAGCUUCAAACAUCAGUGUGCUUUGUAUCUGCACAGUCUACGUUGUACUGUUAAGGUAGCCCUGUUCUAGCCUCCAGUGUCUUAGUAGCCUAUAGAUACCACUUACUAAACUAUAUAACAUUUUAUAAUCUCUAAUAUCCUGUCAUGACAUUGUGUAUGACGUAGUGCAUACUUAAGAAAUGUAUUUGUAACUUCAUUUUAGCUGUACCUUGCCAACAGAUCUCUCUCUCUCUCUCUGCAAACACACUGUACUACUGUAGUCUAUGUGUAGAGAAAACGACACUCUUUUUUUGCUGCUACACCAUUCGUGCCCUUUUAUGAUGUCUUUGUAGAAAACAAAUGCAGUUCUUUUUUUUGUUGUUGUAUUCGUAUAUACAGUACAUGCCAAUUAAUCGAUUCGAUGUCCACAUUAAAGUGUAUACUGCAUCGUCAAAUAUACUCGAGCUGAUACCAGGAUACAACCGUGAUGUUACAGAUGUUAUUAAAGGAAAUGUCUUAUUUUUCGUA